AUGUGGGACUAAGAUUUAGCAUAAUUUUAAGACAAUUAAAACGAAGGGAAUCUAAAUGUAAGAAAAAAGCAUAAUUAAAUAAAAUUAAUAAAAAUAAAAUAAAAGGAAAUUAGGUUCUAAAAGAAAAAAAUAGUAAUUGAUACAAAUGCGUUUAUAAAAUGUUUAGAUUUAUAAAAAAUGAGUUUAACAUAUGAUUUAUAUACAACUUCUGAAGUAAUAUUUGAAAUAAAAGAUAAAAAAGCAAGAGAAAAAUAUUAAGCUUUAUGUUUAAAUAUAUAAAUAAAAGAACCUUCAAACACUGCAAAAGCUCAAAUAUAAAAGUUCUCCGUUUUGACAGGAGAUAAUGCUUCUUUAAGUAAUGCUGAUAUUGAUUUAUUAGCUUUAUGUUAUACUUUUUCAGAGGAAAAUAAUACUUCUAAUCUACUUAGAAAAUAACCUCUUGAAGCAUAAGAAGCUUACCCAAAAUAAAAAGAAGGAGAUGCAUAAAAGCCAGAAGAAGAAGAAGAAGAAGAAGAAGAAGAAAAAGAAGAAGAAGAAAAAGAAAAAGAAGAAAAAUAGAACUAAGAUGAAGAUGAUGAAUGGACAACAGUAAAAUAAAAAUAAGUAAAAGAUAAAAAAAUACAAAAUAAUAGAAGUGAAUUUGAAAAUGAUUAAAAUAAUUAAAACAAUAUAAAUAACAAUGAUAUUAAUUUAAAUAAUUAAAAUGAAAAAAACCAAAAUUAAAUGAAUUUAAAAGAAAACAUUUAAAAUUAAGAUGAAAUUGAAAGCGAUUCAUCUGAAGAUGAUUGUGAAGGUUGGAUUAAUAAUGAAAAUUUACAUUUAUAUAAAGAAUAAGGGCAUGAAAAAGCCAGUAGUGAAGAAAAUUAAUUUGGUUUUUCUUUAAUGACUGUUGAUUAUUCUAUGCAAAAUGUAGCAUUAUAAAUGGGUAUACCUUUAAUCUCUAUAGAUGGAAUGUUAAUUAGAAAAGCAAGAAAAUUUGUUCUUGAAUGUUUUGCUUGUUAUGAAAUUAUAAAAGACACAAAGAAAUAAUUCUGUCCAAAAUGUUAAAAUCAUACUCUUUUGAAAGUUUCUUGUAGUAUAAAUGCAGAUGGAACUAUAAAACUAUAUAGAAAAAAGAAUUUCUAAUUAUGCAAAAAAGGAUUUAUUUAUUCUAUACCUAACCCUAAAACUGGAAGAAAUGCUCAUAAUAUAGUUUUGAGAGAAGAUGAACUUUUAUAAGGAAGCAAACUUAUUAAAGUUAAAAUAGCAAAUAAAAUAUAAGAUAAAGAAUAUAAGAAAAAUAUGGCCGAUUUUGAGAAUGGAUUUGGAUUUGGAGAAAUCAGAAGUAAUAAAAUAAGCACUCGUGAUAUUUAAUUUGGUUAUGGUAAAAUAAAUGCUAAUAAUCCUAAUUAGUUUAGAAGAUAUAAAAAUAAAAAUUGA